UACACUUUUAAAAAUGUAGUCAAAUGGAGGAGGUUUCCAAUACCGAUGUAGAGGAGAGAGGGUCCCCUACAGAAUCUGGAGAAGGUCCUGUGACACACAGUGCCCCGGAAGUGUUACUCAGCACACACACAUAUAAUUCACCAGAUGAUGUGCAUUCCAUCGACACUAAUGAAGACAGAAUUCCAAACACUGUUUCCGAAUCACUUUCAUCACUUUUAUGUGACAAGUGCAAGCCUGAAGAUCUUCAUAACACAGACGAUAAACACCUGGAUAGCUCCGGAAUCUAUGGAGGUAUAUGUCGUGGGAGCCGGAUGAGUGCAGAUUCAAUGGAAUCGGAACUCAAUUCUGAUUUUAGUUCGGAGCUUUUAGAUAUUAGUGAAGUGAUCGCGAGGAAAAAGAAAAGAGAUUUAAUGCAAACAGACGAUGCUGAAGAUCCCGAGGAAGAGUUUAGGAGACAUUUUCUCAAAACUUUUCAGGACUUGCCUAGAUUAUCACAGAUUUCACUGGACGAUAGCCCUAAGAAAACGCCAACAGAAAGAAACCAGAAAGCCGAAAUAGAUAUAGAAAUGCCAACAAGUUCCAAUGAAGACACGGAAUUAUUAACAAAAAAAGGUGAUGACACUGGUGAAACAACAAUACCUAGAAAUACAUCAAAUAUUGAUUCAGACAACACUAAGGAGCCGGAUAAUAAUAUCGCAGAAAACACCGAAACGAACUUGCUUGAAAAUAGUGAUAUUCAAGAAAUAGAGAAUGCUGAUGAAAUGCUUUCCUCCUCAAAUAAAAAUAUGUAAAAACAAAAAGAGUAUGAUUUAGUGUCUGGCAAGUUAUUCCUAUUCACAUUUUCGGCAUAAAAAUGUGCUUAAUUUUGUCAUAACAACGUAAAAAAUGGCUGAAAUGUGGAAUGUCAUACCUCGUUGAGCUCGUAAUUUGACGCCCAAUCGAUUGGAGUUCAAAUCUGGACCUUUUAUUUUUUGGCCAUUU